AUGUUACUCAAACCUGCAACGCCCCUCACCAUCCUUCUCCUGGCGGCCUUUGUUCUCUUGCUUCUUUCCGUUCUUUCCACCCCAAUUAUCCAGGGUAUCCCUUUAGCGACUUUCAAUCAUGUGGACUAUGGUGUCUUCGGCUUUUGCAAGGCCGGCCAAUGCACCGACAUCCAUAUCGGCUACACUACUGACGAAAUUUCAAACACCGACAAUAGCGAGUUCGAUCUGCCAUCGAGUACUCGAAGGUCCCUAUCCUCCAUUCUGAUCGUUCACCCGGUCGCCGCCUUUCUCACCCUCGUUUGCCUUUGCCUCGCCGCGGCUGCUCACCUACACGCCCCGUCGCAUUCGCCUCGAUAUCUUCUGGCGCUCUUGAUCCUCCUGCUUCCGACACUCCUCGUUUCCCUCCUCGCCUUCUUGGUGGACAUUCUUCUUUUUGUACCGCAUCUAGGAUGGGGAGGCUGGAUUGUAUUGGGUGCCACAAUUCUGCUGGUGAUCAGCGGCGUGGUCACUUGCGCGAUGCGUCGGACUCUGGUUAGUCGCAAAGCGAGAAAGAGGCGAAUCGCAGAGAAUGCCGAAAUGAGUGGGGUGAAUUACUACAACCGACAGAAUGCGGCGGCGGCGGCGGCUGUCGCCAGCGGAUUCACUGGUCCAAGAUCAGAGGCCUUGAACGCCGAAGCGAAAGAGGCCAUUGUUACCACCUCCCCUAAUUCAGAGUCCGGCCCCAUGUUCGCUACCUUCCGCACGACGACACAUUCUAGCGAUGAUGACCAAACGCCUCUCAAUUCUCAGGUAGCUCCGACUGAUAUUCCUGCGCCAGAUAGUCAGUAUGCUGCACGAGGCCACGGCGAUGGAGUGCCCUCGAGUGCACCUUUCGACGAGUCAAGAAACCAUCCAUAUGCAGGUUCCUACGGCCCAGGGCCUCGGAUGCGACCUGGACCUGGUGAUCCUCGCUUACGUCCCCAGUAUUCGGACGGCAGUAUGGGGUCGCGACGAGGGCCGCCUCCGCCCGGUUUCGCUCCUCGUGGAAGAGGUGGAUACCCUCCUCGUGGAGGCUAUGGUCGGGGAGGUCCCUACGGAGGUCCCAGAGGACCUCCGCCCAAUGGUAGGGGCGGGCCAAUGGGCCCCAUGCGAGGAGCCCCUUCAGGUAUGAUGGGACGGGGGCAGCGGGGUCCAAAUCCUGCGGGCUACGGUUACGGCCCCGUCUCAGGAGGCCUCAAUCCUGGCUACGAUGCCUACAACUACGGACCGGGCCCGAGACCGUCACAACGGCCUGGUGAAAACGGUUCCGACUAUCGUGGGCCGUCACCUGUUGGAGCAGCGCGACAGCCCUCCCCGGGUACAAUUGGCAUGGCAGUGUCGCCGUCAGAAACAGCGCCAAUCGGCCGAGCGAUCGAAAUGACAUCGCAACCCAGGCACACGGACUCUGCUGUCGAACUGGGCCCCGAUGCAGUGUCGGAGGAGGAGCAGCCACAUGCGGUGUCCAACGACGGACACCCGGAGCCUCUCAGCCCUUCGAGUCUGUAUAGCCGAUCAGCAUCAUACAUACCUCCCCGCGCUGGCUGGACUCCGGCUGAUCUUCGCGUCGGGCCUUCACCUUCGCCAGUUCAUGCUCUUGGAGGAAAUCAUCCAGCUUCGCACGCUCGUUCCAAUUCGGGGGACAAUUACUAUGAAGACGUGGAUCCUCGUUUCGCUGAGCCACAUCAACCAGCGGCAGCCAACCGUGCACUGCCAUCUGCUCUGACUCCGGGUGCUGGUGAGCCCAAACUGAUGGAUGACUUGGCCGAAGCCCCUGGCUCACCUACUACUAGCGAGAUAAGUCAUUUCACCUCCAUUUCCGAGCGGCCUAUCAAUCCUCGAUGGCGUCCGCCGCCGCCGCCAGCUCUUCCCGCCCAGCAAAGACAAAACGUAUUGCUAGAAAACAACCCUGACUUUGAUCUCCGCGCCGGCGGUAUUGGUCGAGCCGGCGCUACUGGUGUCGGUGGACGCAUGCCACCGAUGUCGAUACCCCGAGAACCCUCACGAUACCCUCUGCCAUGA